ACUGCUGCAGCAGAAUGUCACGUUUAAAUUUGCUCUUCAUAUUUUGUGUAUAUCAAGUGGUAGAAUCAGGGACUGCUAUAAAUGGAAGUCAAAACACAUUCCAGUUUUUAGAUGAUAGUAGGAUGGCUUGUGAAAAAGAUUGGUAUUCUUUUAAUGGUAAAUGCUAUAAAGUUGGUGGCCUUCAAUACAGCAAACUCCCAUGGCAGAAAGCAGCAGACUACUGCCGUGAAGAUGGUGGAAGCUUGGUUGUUAUACAGAACAAAGAAACACAAAAUUUUGUGCGACUGAUAGUCCUGGAGUUGAAAAUGAACGUCUGGAUUGGUUUACAUGACAAAGCAAUGGAAUCUCAUUAUGAAUGGGCUGAUGGGUCCGCAGUCAGUUACACAAAUUGGCACCCUGGAGAACCAUCUGGUCGCAAGCUCCAAAAUGAAGACUGUGUGGAAAUGACUUUCUUGCCAAAUACAGGAGAAUCAGGCCAAUGGAAUGACCUCUCAUGUGAUUCUCACUUGCCCUUCAUCUGUCAGAAAGAUAUUCCAACGACUCUAACUCCAACCAUAAUCGGAUCUGUGUGCCCAUCGAAACCGGAUGGGUGGAGAGACCUUGGUGGGGACAUGUGUUACUAUUUUGAGUUUGAGAAAAUGCUUAGCUGGCAUGAAGCUAAUUUCGACUGCAUGUUUAGAGGUGGAGCUUUGGCAAGCAUUCAUUCGGAAGAAGAAUCAAACGCUGUACAUGAAUUUGUAAUUUAUACCAAAGGUCUACUUUAUUUUGGGUUGCAUAGACGAUUUCAUGGAGGAAAAGAUUUCGCUUGGGCUGACAAGAGUGAAUUGGAUUGGUUAAACUGGAACCCUGGAGAGCCGAAUUUUGAAAUGGAAAACUGUGCUGAGCUGAUGACAUCUAAUAUGAAAUGGAAUGACAUCGCUUGUGUUGACAAGAAAGGUUACAUCUGCUCCAUUAAAAAAAUUGCACCAGCUACUAAUGCGACAAUUGCGACCGAAAUUUUUCAAGGCGAAGGAAGCUGCGCGGAUGAUAUCUGGAUUGCGGCGUCAGUCUUGAAAGCUAGUUGGCAAACAAACUACGUACAGUUUUUCAAGAUGGAAGACAACUCCAGUGCAUCUUCGGACAGUGACAAUGCUCUUUUGUCCCCAAAAAACCGCUCCAGAAUUGGAUGCAAUGCCGCGACACAGACACCUGAAAUGUCCAGACACGAAAUAGUCAUUACAGACAAUGGAAGAAAGAGUUCAGCACCUGAAACAAAUGGCAAGUCUUCCAUUAUGGUUUAUAAAUUGGACGCUCAAAAGCCUUUAUCUGAACUUGAGCAAGAAGCCAAGACCUUAGCCAUCCCAGAUGUAGUUGUUGAAUACAUCAAGGACUCCUACCAUCGACAAGAGGACAAUAGCGAAAAUGGCAUCACAAAUCCAGCAUUCGAGCCGCAGGACCUGAUCAUCGUCAGAACACCAUCUUGUGUCAGUUUACGAGAUGACAUUGUCGAAGACAGUGCCGCCUCUCCAAUUGGAAAAGAUAAUCAGAAAAUGUACUACAGUCUACCAAGAUCUAAAAAACCUGGUGAGGAUAACUCCAACGCACAUAGCCAACCAUCCACACCAAAACUUAUGCCCAAGCUCCUGAGCGCAGCUGAUCCGUCUUUAUCUGUUUCUAUGUCCUCCCUGGGGUACCCAAGGUCAGUGCCACCUUCGCCAAAUUUUGGGUACAGGCCACUGGAGAGUGAAACUUCAGCCGUCUACACCAUCAUUGCUCCUGUAAAGUACAUGGGUACCGCUGAAAAGGAGCAAGAAUUGCGUCUCUUGGCUGAAUUGCAAGCACAGUUGGAAAAAGACAAAGCUAAGAAUCGUAAAUUCGAGUUUAUGCCAGCUCCAAUCGAAGUGGAGCGUAAGCGUCAGCGAUUGCAGUGCGUCACAGACACCUGCUCCACCCUCUUCCUCAUCCCGGGCAUCUUUAUCGCCAUCGUGACACCGAUCUCUUUGAUUCCGAUGUUCAUCCUACCCCUCACGUACUACAUCCCUCUCAUCCUCAUCUUCAUUUUCUCGGGAUGCGUGGCUGUGGUUUCGUUGGCUCUCUCGGGGUUGACUGGAAAUGUCGUCUGGCACUACGACGCUAAUAAAAACAGAUUGAGACCACGGUUCCACUGUGGAAGGGGACCCUUGUUGCACUUCUGGGGGAAUGGAUUCUAUCCAUCGAAAGAAGACAAGCAGCCGUUGCAGGACGACAAGGUUGUAUGACAGGACUUUGCUUGAGGUGACUUCACAGUUGCUCUGAUGGAGGUACAGCCAACUGACACCAAGAUAAGUUGGUGAAAGUUACAUCUACCUCUGAAACAAGCUAAUCGUUUAAAUUGUCAGUAGUACUUAUUUUCAAGUAUCUGAUAAUCCAAGAUAACCAGCUGCUUACAGAUUCUAAGAUAUUUAAUGCAAUCCACAAGACUCCCUCGUUGUAACUAUGUGUUGGCCUAAGAAUGAAUAGAACAUAUCUUUGUGGAGAAGAGACCCUUAUAUGCAAAGUUGUCGGCUUAUUCGUUUGUUUUUUAUCUAACUGCUUUAUGCCAAGUUUGAUUGGUUAAAGAAUGUGUUCUACAUCUAUGAGUAACUGAUCUUUGCCCAGUAAAUGAAAAAAAAAAAAUCGGGACUACAAAUUUGCAUGACACCCACUUUGCAACAAAGUCCGUGGAUCUUGUGUCUGUGCAGUAGUCAAGCUACUGUUCAAAAAAAAACUUUCGUCAGAGUUUUGUACUAUUUUUAAGUAGAUCUUCUACACUUUCCUAUGAAUAUAAAUUAUUUAGAGAUCUGCAACAAGUGUUUAGUGAUGUCCGAAGCACCAAUAAACAUAUUCUUCUCGGCUUUAUGUUGUCAUCGCAAAUGAUCUGACUAUUGUAUAAGAUGGUGUCGAUUACAAUCCUGAAAGACUUAUUGGCUAAAAGACGAAAUUCAGGAAAGUAACUAUGCAAAACUGAAAGUUUAGUUUUUUGGGAUAUGCUGUAAAUGUAAAAUUCGUUGUUUCGAACAGUAAGGUGCUUCAGUAUUAAUGGUCUUACGUUGUGUUUGACAUACUCUCUUUAGUAAGGAUAAAAUAUUUUAAACCUUUAAAAAAUAGACGUUUAAUACCAUCAAAACUCCACAUAAUGUACCUUAUUCUUAUGUUGGAGAAAAAUCCGAGUUUGUAAAAUGUUGUUGCUUACAAAAUUAAGAAAAAUUAUCCUUUUUACUUUAAUGUGUCUUAAAACAAUCUCAUAAAUAUAAAAGUGUUAAAUUGGCAGUUGGUUAUGAAAAAUAUGGUGAACCACAGAAAAUUUGGCGAAAUUUCUAAGCAAAUUUUAUCUUGAACCACAAAAUGCCUGAAAAGGUGGAAACUAUUCAAUAAGAAAGCUUAUUUUUUUGGUUUUUACGCAGUCAUCUCAGCUGCCGGUAAAAAACCAUAAAUUUUACGAGAUAUUAAGUGUAAAAAAACGCAUUUCGUCCUUUAAGGGACGAUGAGCUACAUUUGAAAGUCCACAAAAUUGUUAACUAAACUAUUUGGUCACACUUUUUUUUUAAAUCUCUCAAAACACUAUUAGAAACUGUUACUCAACUAAGACCUAGAUUGUUAAAUAUUUGAUAACGUUUCUGUGUUCAGAUAUUUUGUGUGUGGUUUAAUUUGAUUAUAAAAUGAUUCAAUUGUAGACUAAUGUUUCUACUAGAUACUAGAAACUCGAUGCCAAAUAAUUAGCCUUUCAAAACACUUUACUGGUCCUAACAGAAUUUUGGUACAACUUUCAUACAUGUUUAUAUCCUUUCGUAUAUUUGUGUGAUCAACUUCUUUUGUCCUUUUUCGCUUAAAUAAUAUUUAUUGUGUGCGUAUGACAUCUAUUUAGCUGUGCUAUAUGGAGUCGAAUUUACUGUGAGUCGAAUAACUAAAUUACUCAAUCAUUUUAUUUUUAUCUUAAAAAUUUACCUCGUCCGAAGUUAGAUUUUUCCAAGAUGAAAUAAUUAUUUGUAGCAUUAAUAUAACUUACACAAUUACCAAAGAAAAAACAAAUUUUCAAAAACUGUUUCUCAUGUUGUAAUGUUGAAUAGCUGAUUUUUUAUAAUAGUGUAAUUUUAUUAGCAUUGAGUUAUUAACCCAAAAUAGAAUUUAUCAAUAGAUAUAUCAUCAGAAAAGAUAGAAAUACAUUUGUAUCAAGCGCUUAGAUAUUGUAGCUGAAAAAUAUUUUGAGCAAAAUUUUCUUCUUGGCACAGUUUACGGUUCAAAUGUUGGAUAUCAAACACUCGAUACAAUCGGAUUUCGCUAUAACUUAAUGUUGUGUUGUGUUAUUUUAUUUUAAAACUAUGUACUGCAUUGUGAGAUCUUGUAAAAUGACAUUGAUAAGUGAUUUAUAUCUGCCAAAAAGAUUUAUUUUACGAAGAAUGGCCUGGACGUUUGUGAUAGAAGGUUUGAUGUCAUGCUUCCUGAAAAUUUUUGUAUAUUAUAAUGCUGUGUUGUAUUAAGUUAUUAUUUAAUAAAAUACUUGU